GGGCCGGAGUGGGACCCAUUUUCAGCCCGGGAAUGUAAUGGUCAAAACCAGCCCAUCCCCACCAGGGGCCGAGCCAUACGUUGAACAUUCGGUUUUAACCCGAACCUAGGACCUACAGGUUUUGAUGUGAGGUGAAAUCGGAACUUCACAUUAAUGCGAACGCGCAUAGCGCGCAAGCGAGAUUUUUUGCAUUAAUUUCAGUGCAAAAUGGUUUCUUGAGAUUUAUGUAAUAUAAACGUUACGUUGGACUCAUAUUGUCAGAGCUAUAUUUUCAGGAAAUUACAACCCAAAUUUUUACCUGAAAGAUUCUGUGCUUUUGAGAAAACAUAUUUUUCCCACCCUUGCAGGAACAUAGUUUUAUGAAGUGACAGAUCUUUCAUUUUUUACCUGGCUUUUUCAGUUCCUCCUGGCAUCUUUUCCCCAUCCAUUUUAUUCUUUUCGCAUCAGCUUAAUCUGGCUAAUUCCCUCCACAACAAUAAGAAAGACAGCAUGCGCGACAACUGAAAAUGGCACUUUUUAAUGCACGGUCUGAUCAUGCGCUUAUUUAGAUUAAAACCUAGUGUAGCCUAUUAGCUUACUUAUCAGUCACACAGUAACUUAAAAAACUCGUUUAAUUCGGUGUGUGAAAAAACAAAGAGAAAGCAGGCGAUCUGCUGGCCCAAUUUAUGAGCGGGCAGAGCGGCCCACCGGGAAUUCUCCCCUUUUCUCCCGAUGGCCACUCCGGGCCUGAAUACUAUUAAUAAAUGAGCAAUAUUUUUGGGGGUGCUAUCGGGGUGCUUUGGUCUUUCUUGGGGGUGCUGAAGCACCUGCUAGCCCCUCCCUAGCGCCGCCCAUGCUAGGUUAUGUUUUGUUUUAUCUCCUGUCUUUUAUACUCAUGUCUUUUUUCUACUAAGAUAAAGCAACCAGUGACAAUCUCAAGCCUUUGUCCAUUCCAUGGACAAAAUAUACUGAGUUUGAAAUCUGGUCUUUAUGAUCUAUGAAACACGAAUAAACAUGAAAGAAGAUCAUAUUAAUAUGCCCUUUUCCAUCCUGUUUCAAGAUGCAUAACAGUAUUAAUAUUGUCUUUCACAGGAAUGGUAGAAAUGACUGCACCAACUGGCCCGGUGAAUUUUAAAUCAAAACAGUCCCUGUUCUGCUCAACUAAAGAAGACAUGAUUCUAUAUAAUUGGCAAUUGAAAAACAUUGUACAUACUGAAAGGAUUUUUAAUGUAACUAAUGGUUUUGAGUCUACCAUAGAUAAUUCUUCUCAGAAGACCACACUUAAUCUUACACUGGUAUCAGGGGUGUGGUCAGGUAUGUGUCAAAUGUUUUGAGUUCAAUGAUGAUGACUUAUCAUGACACAUUUACUGUUUUAAGUCAUUCAUUCCUGAAGCCUGUUUUACUCACCAUCACAGUACUUCCUCCACUUUUGAUCUUCCACAGGGCUUUUUUCAUGCCUCUUCCGUACAAGUUCAUUAAACUUGACUAUAAUACAUAAAGCCAGUGCUGUACUGGAUGUAGCCCUCCUGCCACAGGUUAUGAUAAGUAGCAAUCCCCAAUUCCCACAAUGUACUGAUGGAUCAGGCUAUAAAGACAUACAGGUUUUGUGUGAAAUAAAAAAUUCCACUGAAACCUAUAACAUUUCUUGGAAAUGUGAUCUAAAGUAUUCCGAUCCUGGCAAACCAAGUGCAUCCCCCUAUGGUUCAAUCAUUUAUACAUUGAAUACGAAGGUCGACUGUAGCAACACUAGCCACACACCACGCUGUGAAUGCACAUUUACUAACAGGCUAAAUGAAAGUAAAAAAACUGAAGUCGAGAUAUAUGUCAUAUACAUGGACGAUCCCUUCUGCAAAGAGGAAAAUAUAUGGCCAGUGGCCAAGUCGGGGCAUGUUGCCACGAUGAAAUGUAAAAAUGGUGUAGGGGAAAGAAGCAGGAGUUGUAACAAUUCGAUUUGGGGGCUCGAAUCUUCCACUUGUGUUAAUGUGGAUCUUCACGAUAUUCUCUUGGAUGCACAAAAUCUACGGCGCGGACUUGGAACAGUAGAGCAAAAUACCCCCGACAUAUUUAAUCGUUUAAAGCAUUCCACAAAUAAUACAGAGGCAAUCAACUCAUUUGCUAAUGUUAAUGCUUCUGUUAUUAUUCUACAAACCAUGCAAAAUUUAACUACUGAUAAACUGAACCAGCUUGUUUUAAAUGACUUAAUAGAAUCUUCCAGCAAUCUUUUGGAUAUAUCUCUUAAUAAGUCUUGGAUUUCAAAGGAAGGAAAUAAAAACGACCCAAAUCUUGCUUCAUUAUAUUUGGAAUCUGUGGAAGGAUUGAUUACCAAGACGGACAUAAAAAUGAACUCUGGUCGAAUUAGCAAACCAAACAUUGAAUUGGUUUCCUGUAUGCAGAACUGCAAUGGUACUGUGUCCUUGUUCAAUGUGAAUGUAUCUUUAGACGGUGGGAAGGGUCAAACUAAAACUGUGGUGUUUAAAUUUCUGAACGAGGUUUUACUACCCCAAAAAAACGAUUCAAGCCCAAAUUCCCUUGUGGUAUCUGCAAUUGUUCAAGACAACGUUAAAACAAUCUCAAUAGACUUUGACUUGCGAGAUGACAGACAGCCUAAUGUUAAAAUGUAUUGUGUGUUUUGGGAUUUUAAGGCAGACACAUGGUCCACUGAGAACUGCACAUGGGGAGGUUCUGACAAUGAGCGACACUGUGAAUGCACCCAUCUAUCAUCCUUUACCAUUCUUAUGGCAAAGAAACCAAUAACUUUGGAUUAUAUGGAUGAGAUAACCUAUGUGAGCUUGGGGGUGUCAAUCGCUUCUCUGGUUUUAUGCCUGGGAAUAGAAAUUCUGGUAUGGCACUCAGUUGUGAAAUCAAGCAUUGCCUUUUUUCGUCACACGACCCAUGUUAACAUAUGUUUGUGCUUGCUUAUAGCACAUAUCACCUUUUUAGCUUCAGCUUUCCCAGACAAUAUAAGUGACAGUUGGUGUCAAAUUUGUGUGGUGCUUAAACAUUUCUAUUACUUGGCCAUGUUUUUCUGGAUGUUAUGCCUGAGUAUUAUUCUUCUUCAUCAGAUUACAUUUACGUUCCACAAACUUAGCAAGAACGUUUUCCUGGGAUCAUCUUUUUUUUUGGGCUAUUUUUGUCCCCUGGUGAUCGUUGCAUUUACAAUGAUCAGCUAUAACAAUGGACAGGAAAACAUCUACUAUAGUUCUAAGACAUGUUGGUUAUUAUAUAAAGGACUUUUUAAAGGGUCAAUGUAUGCAUUUGUUCUACCCGUUGGAACGAUUGUGAUCAUCAAUGUGUUCUGCAUGUUGGUGGUUGUCAUGAAACUCUUAAAUCCCGCAAUGGCUGAACACAGCAACAGGGAUGAAAAACAGGUUUCCAAAGGUAUCCUGAAGGCAGUUAUUCUUUUAACCCCAAUCUUGGGAACAACCUGGUUUUUGGGAUUUUUUGUUUUAACAAUUGACCUCACUAAAGGACCCCUCGCCUACUUUGUCAAUUAUGCCUUCACUUUGCUCAACGGAUUCCAGGUAAUAACUCAUACAGUGUUACAACUUGAAUAUUCUUUAAUGUAUAUGAUGUAUGCCCAAUGUGCAAAUCUUCUUGUUGCAUCACUAACACUUUUUGUUGAUAUUACAGGGAUUCUUCAUUUUGCUUGCCACAUAUGCAGCAGAUAAAGCGAUUCGAGAGGCACUGCUGAAACGUUUGGGGUGGAGUCAGCGUUCACAGUCCACCACAAGUGCAAGCUCUUCCAAACUAUCAUCAAUGAAGAGUCACUGAUGUGUUUGCUGGGCUGGCAUGUCUAGUUUUUUCUUGAACAAUGUUCUAUGAUAUACUGUUUAUAACAAUAUUGGGGGUUUUAUGUUUAGCAUUAUAUACUUGUGUGUUUUUGAUCUAGAUAAAAAGAUUGGGGGGGUUUUGUUUAGCAUUAUAUACAUGUGUGUUUUUGAUCAAAAAAUAUUGGGAUUUUUAUGUUUAGCAGUUUAAACAUGUGCGUUAUUAUGACAUUUUACAUGUCAUAUUUUCCUAACUUCAAGCAUUCUUAUUUAUUUCUACAGUGUGUUGUAUUGUUUUUGUAAUUUUCAUAUCCUGCAAUGUACACUAGUUUUUGUGCAAAUAAUAUCAUUGUACACUCAUUUUGACUGGUAAUAGAAUGACAAUUAAAUGUAUGUAAGCCUU